UCAAAAUUGAGCCUUUUUGAGUAAAGAAAAGAUAAAAUGGCGUCAAUGUUGCUUAGUCGACAGCUGACCUGUUGCCUGCAACAAAACUCCAGGCUGCUUGUUUUUGGACACAGAUAUAUCAGUCAAGCUGCAGCUAAAAUUGAUGUGGAUUUUGAUUAUGAUGGACCUCUAAUGAAGACAGAAGUUCCUGGACCGCGAUCUAGAGAAUUAAUGAAGCAGCUGAAUGGAAUUCAGAAUGCAGAAGCUGUACACUUUUUUUGCAAUUAUGAAGAGAGCCGAGGGAACUACCUAGUAGAUGUAGAUGGCAAUCGCAUGCUGGAUCUCUACUCUCAGAUUUCAUCCAUCCCAAUAGGUUACAGCCAUCCCUCUCUGAUAAAGCUUCUACAACAGCCACAGAACUUGAGCACUUUUAUCAACAGACCUGCCCUAGGGAUUUUACCUCCAGAGAACUUUGCAGAAAGACUGAAGGAAUCUUUGUUAUCAGUGGCUCCUAAAGGCCUGCCACAGGUGAUCACCAUGUCUUGCGGAUCCUGCUCUAAUGAAAACGCUUUUAAAGCAAUAUUUAUGUGGUACAGAAACAAGGAGAGGGGCCAUAAUAAUGUCACAAAAGAGGAGCUGGAAUCUUGCAUGAUUAACCAGCAUGGUCAGGCAGAUGGCUGUGCCAAUACAAAUAAGAGAAUGGCACAUCAUGACCUGAAGGAGCAGGAAUUCUAUAAGAUGACCAAAGACUUGUAA